AUGGAUAACAUACUUCCCGGGGCGCGUGCGAACUAUGAGUUCAAGAAUUGGGCAGGGAUAUACUCUGCCAAGCCUCAGUUGUACUUCCAACCAACUUCGAUAGAAGAAGUUGUUAAAGUGGUGAAUGCAGCGAGAAGACUGAACAAGACGAUUGUGACUGUUGGAUCUGGCCAUUCACCAAGUGAUAUGUGUAUCACUAGGGAAUGGCUCAUGAAUCUUGACAAAAUGAACAAUGUUCACAAUCUAGUUAGAAAAGAUGACGAAUCAUUUGCUGAUAUUACUGUGGACGCUGGAAUGCGGAUUUUCGAGCUCAGCAAAUAUUUGCACGAACGUGGAUAUGACAUUCAGAAUUUGGGCUCCAUUUCGGACCAGAGCGUGGGUGGAAUUAUCUCUACGGGAACGCAUGGAUCGUCCGCAUACCAUGGUUUGGUUUCGUCGCAGUACGUCAAUCUGACUUUGGUUAACGGUCUUGGAGAGGUUGUCUUUCUCGACUCUGAAACUAAUCCCGAGGUAUUCAGAGCUGCUAUGUUGUCGUUGGGCAAAAUUGGUAUCAUUGUUCGUGCAACCAUUAGAGUCGUGCCAUCUUUCAAGAUCAAAUCCACCAUGGAGGUAGUCAAUUUCGACACUAUUCUAAAACAAUGGGACACUAUCUGGACAUCGAGCGAGUUUAUAAGGUGCUGGUGGUUUCCGUACACCAGUAAGUGUAUUUUAUGGAGAGGCGUCAAAACCAGCGAUACUGCGAUUAUCAAGACAAGGAAGUCAUGGUGGGGAAGUACAAUAGGACGUCGUUUCUACGAGGUCUGCUUGUGGCUUUCGGUGAAAGUCUAUCCUCCUCUCACUCCUAUCGUGGAGAGGUUUGCGUUUCACAAACAGUAUGGCAAAGUCGAGACCAUAGGGGCCGGUGAACUUCAGAUCCAAAAUUCUGUCGAUGGGCUCAACAUGGACUGUUUAUUUUCGCAGUUUGUUGACGAAUGGGGAUGUCCGCUAAGCAACGGUCCUGAAGUUCUAUGUUCUUUGGAUCGCUCAAUUGCCCAGGCCGCUGAAAACAGAGAAUUCUACGUCCACGCCCCAAUUGAAGUACGUUGCUCCAACACCAACCUUCCUGAAAAGAUACCGGACUACAGCGGUCGGACUGAAGUGAGCCGCGGUGCUGUAUUCGGUAACGUGCUGCGUCCUUACCUGGAUGCUACACCCCGCAAUCUACGUUAUGUUCCGCUCGAAGACGUCACCAACAGUCAACUCACCUUGUACAUCAACGCUACAAUCUAUAGACCAUUCGGAACCAACACUCCGAUCCACAAAUGGUUCACUUUAUUUGAGCAAACAAUGACGGCCGCCGGCGGUAAACCACAUUGGGCUAAGAACUUCCUAGGGUCUACGGAUAUGGCCGCGGGCCCUACAAAAGCUGAGCACAGCUACGAAGACCACGAAAUGAGAGGUAUGGCAUCUAAAAUCACUGAGUGGUAUGGCGAAGAUCUCGCGACGUUCCAAGAGAUUAGACGUCAACAGGAUCCUGAAAAUGUAUUUUUGGCCAACACUGAGUGGGCUGUUAAGAACGGAAUUGUGGAUAUCAACGAAAUUCAAUAA